CCUAUAAACAAAGUAAUUCGAUUACCUUGAAUAUCUCAUUUGGUUGGAUAUAAUAAAUAUUUGAUUUUAUGAUUCAAGAACUUAUCUAAAAUAUUUUUGUCGUUCGUUUUAAAUGAACCAACAGAUUAAUUAUUUUUAUGCUCAUUAAAAGACGUUAUUGAUUCGACAUGUACCGAUGAAUCAUUGUUAUGAAAUUUAGGUCAAGUCGAGAAAAAUGUGCAUUCUCGAAUGUCGAAUCGAAGUAUAAAAACAAAAAUUAAUUUUUUCGAUCGUCUGUCGCCCAACAUAUACCAUCAUUGUGUCUCGUGCUAAGCUCGAUUUGGAUCGUCUCGACUUCGGUCAUUUUAAGACUAGCGAGAAAGAAACUAGACACUAGCGAGAUCUACAUAUAUGUGUGGAGGAUCGUCACAUGUUCCGGAUCGGUCUACCAGCCCAAUAGAGUUUUACGUCACUACGUAGCACGCGGUAAACAAGUAUUCGCGAAACGAGUUUGGCAUAUUGCCAAAGAUUUACGUAUAUUCCCGCGAUAUAUGUCCGCCCAUAUCACCGUCACUUUACAUUACUCCUGUCAAGAUCGUGUUAAACGACGCUGUUUCUUCUCUUCCGAUACCUCGAUGGAGAGUUCCGGCGGCGACAAGCAGAACGAAUCGGACGAGUGCGAUGUGACUGCCAAUAACCAGCAUCAUAAGAAUAAAAUGACGGGCCAGGAGGACAGUAACGUAAAAAUAAGUAAGGAUUUAGGGGAGCAGGAGGCGUUGAAGAAUUUGAAGAACUUAGAGAAUAUCAGUCAAAAUGACGAGGCUUCGAAUAAAUUAUCAAAGGCCGUGUCCCAAGAAGACGAGGAUGACGAGGAUAAGGACGAGGACGAGUGUAAAGGGUCCGACGAGGACGAGCUCAAAGAGGAGAAAACGGACGGGAAAAAGGACGAGGAUACGUCGAGCGGCACGACGUCGACGAGCACCUCCGAUGACGAGUCCGAGACAAGCUCGGACGACAAGACGGAAGCUUCGAAGACCGAGCACACGAAGACGGUCACAUCCGAGGCCAAGAAAGAGGAUCAAACGUCGAAAAAUGACGACACGACGGACGACAGUGACAUAGAGGACGAUUUAAUUUCGGCCAUCAAUUAUAACACCAUCACCUCGUUGGCCGCCCUCAAGGAUAUGCUGCAAUCCUCUGGCGAGGAUUCGGACGGCGUCGACAGUUUCUUUCAUCAUUACUUCCUCUCUCACGUGAACAGGCUACCGUCGAGAAAUCAAACGCAUAGCCCCUACCCCUGGGGCAGAAGAUUGUCCGAGUGCAAGGAGGAGGAUGAAUACGAGAACGAAGAUGCGAAAAACGCGGACGCGUCGAGCGGCGAGGAUGCCGUGCAGAGCAACAAGGAUGACGCAACGAAGACCGAAGAAUCCGAGGAGAGGAACGAGAGCGUCUCCUCGAAAGCCUCUAGUCCAUCUUCCUCCGAGAAGUCGAGUUCCGAAAGGAUCGAUCAAAAGUCGAAUCCUACCUUACCGAGCGUCCCGGAGCCGAAGACUCAAACCGCUACCUCCACGGUUACCUCCAUGACGACGAAGUCGUCGGCAGCGUCGACGGCGUCGUCGACGACGUCGACGACCGCUUCGUCGACGGCCACGCUGGCGACGACCCCGUCGACGACCACGACCACGACCACGACCACGACGACCACGACGGCCUCGACGACCACGACCACGACGACCAUCGCCGCGACCACCGCAACCAGCACUGGCACCACCACGUCGUCCAGGUUCACGACGUCGACGGUGACCUCGCCAACGUCGACCACGAAGCCCCCGUUGCGGAGGAGGCACACGACCGGGCCAGGAAUGACUUUCCCCGCCACCGAUCCGCCGACGUACUCGAACAGCAUGACCUUCUCCAGGACGAGCCCCCUCCCCAGUCCCCACUUCGACAAAAGGUUCUUCGACAGCAGUCUGAUAGAAAUGAAGAGUCAGGCGAGCAGCUCCAGCACCCUUGAUUACGACUCGACGGAGGAGGUGUGGGUCCGCAGGGUGGACUUUGUCCAGGAGAGGAAGAGGAAGGAACUUGGAUCGCAACCAUUACCAACGAUCGUAACCGAAGAUGCAGAUACUUCGGGUCAAGCGUCUCACGAUCAAGGUCAUAGGCCACGAGCAGGGACCUGGGGUUCGCAUUCUAGAACUAUUAGGAAGCCCACCUCGGGCAGUGCUCCUGGUUCUGGAAAAUCAACUCCUCUCCCGCAGCAAGUGGAGCCUUCGAGUUCAUCAAGUAAAGGCAAGAAAGUUUCUGGCACGCGAUCUGGCUCCACCAGUCGUAGUAAUAGCCGUAGUAAUAGCGCAGAACGCAGAAGAAGUGGUGGAACUGUUGAUGACACAGCCAGUCCUACCAAAAAACCAGCACUCUUUGAUGCGUUUAGACCAAGGAGUAAAUCUGAUGCUAGCAAACGAAAACCCAGUAUUAUAGCGAAUAUGAAGAGCGCUAUGCAGCAUUCUUUGCAUAGAGGCUCACACGGAAGUUCAACGACAGAUAUACGUACAGAUAGGGAUCAUCAUAGAGAUGGCAAGGAUCAUAAGGAAGGUAAAGAACCUAUGGGACGUCCUCGAGCAGGUUCAGAAAGUAGCAGAAAUCCUGUUAGUAAAGUUAUGGAUCUUAUUAGACACAGAAGUCACAGUACCCUUAGUGCAGAUGACAAACGAAAAGCGAGGACUGCGGCCCAACAUCAAACUCAAACAACUUCACAAGGAGCACUUAGAAGGAGUUCUUUAGAUCCAGGUGCCAGAAGAUUUUCUUUGGGUACACCUGCCGUCCCUCAUAGAGCUUCAGAUGCUUGCCUAGAUCCCGUGCACGCCGCCAUUCUUUUCCGAGAUGCGAGAGGGCUGCCAGUCGUAGAUCCUUUCCUGGAGAAAGUUUCGCUGUCUGAUCUCGAGGAGGACGAAUCACAGAUUUUCGUGAAGUUCUUUAAAUUUCACAAAUGUUAUGACCUAAUACCGACCAGUGCCAAAUUGGUCGUUUUCGAUACGCAUCUCCUCGUUAAAAAGGCCUUCUUUGCUCUCGUUUAUAAUGGUGUGAGAGCUGCACCAUUAUGGGACAGUGCAAGACAAGAAUUUGUUGGAAUGCUAACAAUAACAGAUUUUAUAAAAAUCUUACAGAUGUACUAUACUAGUCCAUCUGUAACAAUGGAUGAAUUAGAAGAACAUGAAUUAGAUACAUGGAGAAAAGUGUUAAAAGAUCAAGUUCAUCCAUUAGUGAGCAUUGGUCCAGAUGCAUCUUUGUAUGAAGCUAUUAAAACUCUAAUUCAAAAUAGAAUUCAUCGUUUGCCUGUGAUAGAUCCAGAUACUGGAAAUGUUCUCUAUAUCUUGACACACAAACGAAUUCUUAGGUUCCUCUUCCUUUAUAUACACGAGUUACCAAAACCAUCUUUCACAAAUAAAACAUUGAGAGAAUUGAGGAUAGGUACAUUUGAAAAUAUAGAAACAGCAACAGAAGAAACUAGCAUAAUUUUAGCAUUAAAGAAAUUUGUUGAAAGGAGAGUUUCUGCAUUACCAAUUAUUGAUACUGAAGGAAAAUUGGUUAAUAUAUAUUCAAAAUUUGAUGUUAUUAACUUAGCUGCAGAAAAAACGUAUAACAAUUUAGAUGUAUCAUUGAGAGAAGCAAAUGAACACCGUAAUGAAUGGUUUGAAGGAGUUCAAAGUUGUAAAUUAGAUGAAACCCUAUUUACUAUUAUGGAGAGAAUUGUUAGAGCAGAGGUUCAUAGGUUAGUAGUGGUUGAUGAUGAUGAUAAAGUGAUCGGUAUAAUUUCUCUAUCUGACUUACUCUUCUACCUCGUUCUUAGGCCUUGUGGUGAAGAUGGCAGUAGCAAUAAAGAUAGUUCUAUAUCGUUAAGAGCACAGGAUUCUAUAUCAAAAGCUCCAAGUUCUGUGCAAUCAGAAGCUUCAAUUCCUGAUGGUGAAACAGAAGCUGAACAAGAUACAGCUGAAGUGAACCAAUCUGAAGAAGCACCUGCAACACCUAGUCCACCGCUGAGUCCUGUAGCAUCAGAUAUUUCUGAACCUCAGUCAACUUUAGUAAAUCAAUCUCAAGAAUCAGCAUGGAGAGAAGUAACCGUAUCGGGAGGAGAUUGAGGCAAUGUAAUCUUAAUAUGCUAUCAAGCAUGAUAUAAUGAAUCGACUUACUUUAAAAUUGAACUUUAUAGAGUAAUAAGCAAUGUUCGACUAAGUUUAUUUUUCGUUUGUUCUUGAUGCUUGUGUGUUCAAAGCUUAAGAACUUACGUAAAAUGUGAAAUGUUGUUUUUUGCUCGUUAAAUCAAUUUACGUCACAAAAUUAAUUGUUAUUUGAAAUAAUGAAAUCGCACUGAAUGUGAGAAUAACGAAAUGAAUUUUACUGGACGCGACAAACGAUAAUGCGAUGCUCCAUAUAUAUAUAUAUAUAAUAAUUGAUAAGCUUAAUUUUUUAUGGUACAAAUGCUACUCAGCAUAGACGUUCGAGCUUCUUGCCAGGAACGAUUGCUACGCCAUUAUUUACUCAGGGUAUAAUAUUCUAUACACCCUUUCUUCAAUCGUAUACUGGGAAUGUUUCAAUAGAACUUUUAAAAUAGUGGUUUCUUGCAUCCUUUAGAUUUAUAAUAUUGCUAUGCUCCUUCUUAUACUGAAAUCUUUGUAUUUUAUUUCAGAUCAAAAAUUAUGAGGUAAUUUACUUUAUUUACAUCAAAUAGUGUAGAAAAAUGUCCAAAUGACAUGAUAAAGUAGCCCUAUAUCAAAGAGUGCUCCAUAAUUCAUGAAUAUGGACCUCGUUUUUACAGAGGCCUUCCACGCUUUUCCUGACAGGAACGAAAUACUACAGUGUUAAGCAAAUAUCUAAAUAUGUAUAUCCUGUAUGCUUAUCUAUAAAAAAAGUAGCUUCUUUGUCCGUGAAUUAUCACGUUAGAUGUCUGAAUACUAGAAACUGAUGUGCAUAAUAAACGAUUUUGUUUUAAACAAUUGCACAGCAUGUGAUAUUUUACAAAAAAAUAAAAAAAGGAAAAAACAUGGUGCUUUUGAUUUUGCAUUAACAGCUGACUCUGAUAUAGCAAACAAAUGGAAGUAGUAUGCAUACAAUGAAUAAUAAUAAAAUAUGUAUAAUAGAAAAAAAUAUUCGAAAUUAAUUGUAUUAUUAUGUAAUUUCUAUAUCAGCUUCAUGAAAUAUUUCAGUACAGGAAAGCAAUACUUAUAUAAAAUCAAAUUACUAUCUAUUGUUGAAUUUAUAGAUUAUUAUUUCAUGUAUCUUUUUUAAAAAGUAAUGUUUACAAGACAAAAAUUACAUUAUUAAAUAUUAAAGGGCCUAUAAAAAUGAAUGAUAACAAUUCUACACUUAAUAUGCGCUGCCAUUAUUAUACUGAUUGUUUUAAUUAAUGUUUUACGUAUAUAACAAUAUUUGCAGCACAUUCUUCAAGUUUCAUACUUUCAAAAUGAUAAUUAAUAAUUACGAACACAUCAAGUUGAUUUUAGAUUUGUGUGUACAUAUAAUUUUAUUUAGUAGUAUUUCUUUUAAAUAUUCCUAUGUUUGUAUUUGUUUUACAAGAAAUUUUUAUAAAUAAAUUAUUCAUAAAUUUUCAUUUGAGAAAGAAAAUGGAAAUAUAAGCAAAUGUAAAAAAUUUUUAUAUAAUUUUUGACUAAAUUCUCUAUGUUAUUAUUGACGAAAAUAUAAUUGAUAUCAUGAAGAAUAUAAUGGAUGAAAAGUUUUGUAAUUACAUUUUAUAUUAUUGCUAAUUUUCAUAUGUAGUCAAAUUAUAAUUAAUUAAAAGAAAUUAUUUUAAAAAUUGAAAAAAUCAAUCCUUAUAAAUAUUUAUAAAGCUAAUAAUAUCACAUAUAAAUUAUAAACAAGCACCAAUGUUGAAUUAUAUUUAAAAAUUAAGUAAAAUAUGAUUUUCACUAAUUUUCAACAUUGUAUAUGAUUAAAUAAGAAAUUAUAAAAUGAAUGGCAGAAAGCAUUCCUGUACAAACGAUUUAUUAAGCUGAAAACUGUUUCAUUUUGAAACAGAUUUCAUUCUACGCUUAUUAUACAAAAAAAGAGAUGGAAUUAUAAAUUAUACAGAUCUUGGAAUGUUACAUCUAUGCGAAAAUUUGUAUAUAUAAAUGGCCUCUGUGUCAGGGAUAUAUUUCCCUUUUUGGCACAAAGUUCCAUUUUGUUUAUAGAAAUAUGGAUGAAUAUCACCUAUUUGAAUCUUGAAGGGGACAGUGCCUGUAAUUUAGUAAAAGUUAUUCCUAGAUUACAUUUAUGGGGAUAAGAAUAAAUAUUCCAUUUCAAACGAGAACGGAGUCAGGAUAAAGAAAAUUUACGUUAGUAUUAAUUAACAAGAGGCGUAGUGGACAAUGAUUUUUGUACAGCUGAAAGGAUUAUAGCCGAAUAAGGUUUAGUGUGCUGUAGCUGCGAAUAUAUUGUUUCCUUUUAGUACAAAAUACGUUUCAACUUUACAAGUUGUCACGUUCAUUUUUUCUAGUUUUUAGACGUAAAAAGAUCUACAGUAGCCUAUAUUGCAGCGCAACCGAUUUCAAUAUUAUUAUUGCAAACAAAGGCACAAGUUAAUAUAAUUACAAGUUAACAGAAAAUAAACAUUAUUAGUGAUUAAAAACCAUUGAAGUCGGUGUACGCUGCAUUCGUGAACCAAAACAAUAUAUAGACAAGGUAUUAAGAAUAAAUUGUACAAUAAAGAAUUAAUCGAAUAAUUAGGCAGUACAUUUAGUCGCGUCUCAGUACUGUAUAUCCAGGGCAAAAGCUAUUAGCGCAUUAUUCAUGUCCCUUGUACAUGUAAGGUACAAAUGAAAAAAAAGAAACGAAUUGCUGAGUGACAAAAUACAUCGUAAAUGAAACAUUUUA